AUGCCUCAUCUCAACGCGGUCGGAAUGGAGAUGCUGAAGCGAACUUUGCGCCGUCGUGGAGCGGACUCGCCGCCGGUUUUGCGACGACGAUCAGCCAGUGUUGGAGGAACGCCCGUGGUUGCCGAAGAGGAGAACGUGGAGGAGCCGGUUGUUGCGGCGGUGGUUUCGCCGGUUGUUUCGCCGGUGCGGGUGGCGCGUGCGGUGCGGGCGCCGGCGAGGCGCGGACGUGGCGGCGCCGGAAGGCGCGGCCGGCGUGGCGGAGUGGCGGCCUCGAGCCGCACUCGGUCCCCGGUUCGCGCCCCCAAGCCCCGUCCGCCCCAUGACCCGGCCGCAACCCCGGAACGGAUUCGACGCUUGGCAAGGAUUUCGAUCGUGCUUCAAUUGAUUGCACUUAUGACUGGUUCCAACAAUCCGUGGUCGCUCGUUCGCGAAUGUUUCUUUUCCGCACUCACGCUUGGUUUCGAUCGCGUCAACGGAAAGAAAAUCGCUGCUGAGGCCAAGAAAAUCAAAGUUUCGAAAGCGAUUCUUGGAUUGAGACAAAAGAAGAACCGAGGCAACGAGCAUUUCAUCCGCACGCCAUUCAAUCGGAACAUCCGUGUGAGGGAUUUGGUAGACCAACUCGAGGGACCGCUCGUGGACACGUUAAAUGGAUGGAAACUCCUUUGCGUGUUCGCCAAGCAACUCAUCGCCCACGUUCGACUGCUCAUCGUGGAAGCCAAAGUCUUCAGUGUCAAGCGACAGGACCAUUGCAUGGCAUGCAUCCAAACUUUCGUGGACGACCCAAACAUCAUGGGGGAGCUAGACAAGUGGUUCGAAGAAGGUCAAGGAGACGAGUUGAUCGUCACAAUUCGACACCAACUCGCGAUGAUGGAGAAGAACCUGGCAGUUGGAUGGGCCACUGGAAUGGAGGAACCGGGCGAAGAGAUCGACAGCGACAUCGAGAGCAGCGACAGCAGCGACAGCUCGAGCGACGACUCUACCGCCUCUGAUUUGCUU